CUGAGCUCGACCACACUAAAUCUCACUCUCCAAUUCCCCAACCCUAAAACCCCAUCUCAUUUUUCACUCGCCCAUAUAAAUCUUAAGCCUCUCCGCCGUUUCGUCCCUCUGUAUCCUCCUCCUCGCCUAGGGUUUCUGCAUCUCACUCUGCAAACAUGGCUAGAGGACUGAAGAAGCAUUUGAAGAGGCUCAAUGCCCCAAAGCAUUGGAUGCUCGACAAGCUUGGUGGUACGUUUGCCCCCAAGCCAUCAUCUGGUCCCCACAAAGCCAGGGAGUGCCUUCCCCUGGUUCUUAUUCUGAGGAACAGGUUGAAGUAUGCACUCACGUACCGUGAGGUUGUUUCAAUUCUCAUGCAGCGCCAUAUUUUGGUUGACGGAAAGGUUAGGACUGACAAGACUUACCCUUCUGGCUUCAUGGAUGUUGUUUCGAUCCCAAAAACAAAUGAGAAUUUCCGUCUGCUCUUUGACACCAAGGGUCGGUUUAGGCUCCACUCAAUUAGAGAUGAGGAGGCCAAGUUCAAGCUCUGCAAGGUUCGAUCAGUGCAGUUUGGGCAGAAGGGCAUCCCCUAUCUUAACACUUUUGAUGGACGCACUAUUCGCUACCCUGACCCGCUCAUCAAGGCCAAUGACACUAUCAAGCUGGACUUAGAGGCCAACAAGAUCACUGACUUCAUUAAGUUUGAUGUUGGUAAUGUUGUCAUGGUUACUGGCGGAAGGAAUAGGGGGCGUGUUGGAGUCAUUAAGAACAGGGAGAAGCAUAAGGGAAGCUUUGAAACUAUCCACGUACAGGAUGCCCUUGGACAUGAGUUUGCAACCCGUCUUGGUAAUGUGUUCACCAUCGGCAAGGGUACAAAGCCAUGGGUGUCUCUUCCCAAGGGCAAGGGUAUCAAGCUAAGCAUCAUUGAAGAGGCAAAGAAGCGACAAGCGGCCGCCCAAACAGCUGCUACUGCUUAAACAAUAUGGCGGCAACUAUAUAUUGUUGUUCCUAUAGUUUUAGAAUGGUACUUAGUUAAGCAGUUCGACUCUUUUCAGCUUAUGCUCGAGGGAUUUUAUUUUGUUUUGUUUUGUGGCCUGCGUUACGUUAUGGAUUAUGAGAUGCUGUACUGGCUUGAAUCUUGUUAUGUUUUGUGCUGGAAUGAGAUGUGUAUUGAACCAUUUUUAAUCAGCUUGCUGCCUAUAUUUUGCGGAUUUUUGUGUUA